AUGCUUGUGCUCCACAGUAGGGACAACGAUAUGUACACUAAAGGCAAAGGAUCGACAGUCCCUUCAGAUGCUCAGGCAAGAGAAAAGUUAGCGCUAUAUGUAUACGAGUACUUACUGCACGUCGGGGCACAAAAAGCCGCACAAACUUUCCUAUCGGAGAUAAGAUGGGAGAAGAACAUCACAUUAGGGGAACCGCCGGGUUUCCUACACUCGUGGUGGUGGUCAUGUAUUUUGGGACCUGUAUUGUGCGGCACCGGAACGCAGGGACUCCUGUGAACACUCAAGUGAAGCGAAAGCAUUUCACGAUUACGGUUUUGUAAAUUCUGGAUAUGCCGUCAAUGGAAUCGCUGGUCAU